AUGACGACCUCCGACAGUCAAUUCACCGUCCCCACCGACGACGAAGUAGUCUUGUACCACCAGGUGUGGCGCGCACUUCAGGCAGGCUCUGCAACCCGUCCCCCCGUACCAUCCGAGAUCUUACUACACAUCGCGGCAUUCGCCGGCUGGGUCCUCCCAUAUCAUGUGCAGACGGUGUCAACGGACGUGCACUGCUACGCCUAUGGAGGCGAUAAGGCCGAAAAGCUCUGGUUCACGAGUGGUCCAUUGGCGGACGAAGACGUUCAGCGUAUCGCAGCAAUCCAACUCGUCACCGUGGGCAGAGAUCAGGGCUGGGCGAGUGAUCCUUCGGCCGGGAGCUGGAGCUGGUUUGAGGUCGGGUUUGAGCGCCCACCAUCGGAGGGGUCUGUGCUCAAAGGGCGCAGGGAGAGCCACCGCAACAGGCUCUGCAGCCAGGAGCCGACGAUGUGCGAAGGCCCUCUUCUCCCGGCGCCUAUCGAAGAUUGGAAGGCCGGCGACGUCGUGAGCGUCUGGGCGUGCGCACAGUAUCCCGGCUGGAGGACUUCGGGUAGCACGGCUGAGCUCAGAUUCUAUAAAUCCUUCGAGCCGGCUUUUCCUCCCUCUGAGGCAUCAGAGGGAAGUGCGGAGGUAGCUCUCCAGGAAAUCAUGGUCGCACAACCCGCGAAGACCGUGAAAGCUUUGUUGUGA